GCGCUGGCUCCCGGGGAGCGGCCGCCGCGGACAUGGGCCCCCGCUCCGUCCCGCUCCUGCCGCUGCUGCUGGCGCUGCUCGGCCGCCCGGACCCCGGGAGAGCCGAGGGCUGUGACCUGCAGCCGGUGACAGCAGAGCCACCCAUCACCCUCUCCUAUGCCACCAGCACGGUGCCCCGGGGCUGUGUCAGCAACAGCUCCCUGGGCACCGACCGUGAGGUCCAUGUGCUCAGCGUCAAGUGGUCCAAGGUCUCUGCUGCCCCUCUGACGGUGACAGUGACCCCAGGAGCCGGUGCCUGCAGCCGCCCAGCAGUGCUGAUCCUCCUCUGCAGCCGCUGCCCUGCCAGGAUCACCUCCCCGUGCUCCAACCUGAUCCUCCACACCGACGCCCACCUCAUCCCAGAGAGCACCAUCAGAGCACCAAACCCCGAGCCAUCCAUCGUCUCCAGCGAGGAGGAGCUGCUGGCCUGGGCUCUGGAUGCCUAUGGGGGCAUCACGUCCUACAGCGAGCUGCAGGACCCCCGCAGGCUCCAGCUGCACCUGGGGGAAGAUGCCCACAGCCCUCCAGAGUGCGUUCCCCAGGAGAACUUCAAUGCCAUGCUGCACCUGGAGGCUGAGGUCUUCUUCCACGGGGUGAAGAGCUGCUCACGCAGUGAUGCCCAGAGCACCAGGGCUGCCCACAUCAUCCAUCUGCAGUCGGAGCCCAGCUCCUCCAUCACAAGGGUGAACCUGUCUCUGAGCUGUUCUCAGAACUCUGCUGGCAACCAGAUCCUUAUCCUGCAGAGCAAGGCCAACUUCACCUGGUUCCUGUCCGCAGAGUGCAACAUCCAGUUACUGGUCUCUGGGAGUUACAAGAUGCCCCUUUUCUCCAUGCUGCUCCCUGGGAAUCCCCUGCCUGACACAGAGCAGGGCCUCAUUGCUGAGGCCUUUGAGAAGAACUACAGUGUCAUUGCCUCCUACUCCGCCAUCCCUGCCAGCAGCCACAUCAGCCUGCAGAUUCACGAGCACGGGACGGUCGAGACGCCCGUGAGCACCACCCCCAUGGUCAUCACACAGCUCCCAGACCUACCCCACCAGGUGCUGCGCACGCUCAAGCCCUGGAAGUGCACAGAUGAAACCAUGGAGAUUGUCAUCAUCAGGUCCUACCUGGAGCCCAUCAAGGACGUGGUGAACAUCACCCUGAGGGACAUCCGCUGCCAGGCAGAGAAAAAUGCCACCCACUUCAUGCUGAAAAGCCCCCUCAGCCACUGUGGCACCUCGCUGGAGGGCAGGGGCUAUGCCAACAAUGAGCUCAUCCUCAGCCUGGCCAAGGACGCCGUGCUCCGGAGCGUGCGGGUGGGUUUCCAGUGCGAGAUCCCACGGGAGCUCUUCCUGCGCCUUUUCCCCACCGCCGACUUCAAGGCGCCGCAGACGGAGCUGGAGAUCAACAAGGAGGCCUUUGUGCAGGCGUCCAUGCGGUGGAUGGAUCACCCGGCCGACCUGCAGCUGAAGGAGUGCUGGCUGGUGGCCUCGGAGCGGGAGCCGGUGCUGCUGGUGCAGGGCGGGCAGGCGCGGGGAGCAGGGGUGGCGGUGCUGGACGGACCCCCCAGCAGCCACGGCAGGAAGGUCUGGCGCUUCCGCUUCACCUACAGCGUUCCUGAGGGCGGCCACAUCCCCUUCUCCGCAUUCCUGCGGUGCAAGGCCGGCCUGCAGAAUGACACCAUCUUCGAGAAGGUGCUGGAGGUGAGAGUGAAGGAUGCCUGGCGGCCGCUCAACUACCGUGGGCUGGGGCUGGGCGCUGUCCUGGGCAUCACCUUUGGCGCCUUCCUCAUCGGGGCGCUCCUCACUGCCGUGCUCUGGUACAUCUACUCGCACACCCGUCCCAUCUCCAAACUGCAGCCAGUUUCCAGCACGGCGCCAGCCUCGGAGAGCAGCAGCACCAACCACAGCAUUGGCAGCACCCAGAGCACCCCCUGCUCCACCAGCAGCAUGGCCUGA